UGUCAGUGUCAAAAUAAAGCCGCACGAGAGUCGAGUAUUUUUGAAAGUUUGCGUUUGUUGUGAAGUUUAGUUAUUUUACUCUAUUAUUUGAAUAUUUUAAAUUUAUAUUUAAAUUUUGUAGGAAGUGCUGUGAUUACUUGUUAUAAUUUACUAACUAUUUUAUGGUUUGUGACAAAAUCCGUGCUUGUUACGAACUUAAUGAAGAAGGUUCGGUUUGAGUCUCCCGACAAACGAUUCAAACUUCUCAAAAUGAAUGAGCGCGAGUGCCAUUCCCCUCGUCCACUUGUUGAAAGGCAAAUGAACGCAAAUGUACCUGACUUUUAUAGCUACCCUAAGGUAUUGCCUUUUAGUAAUGAUCCAGUGCAAUUGUUUGAGUGCAGCAACAGCUCUCCGUAUCCAAUAGUGAACAAAACAAACUUGCCGGUAAAACCCGACGAACCGAACUGGUCACCGUCUAAUGACUUAGAAUUAAGUAUGCUUGAUGCUUCUUAUCAUGAACCUCGUAGACCUACAUUUUGUAGGUCAAUUCUUAAACCAACAGCUUUGGAUGGAAAUGUUAUUCAAGGACAAUUAAAACCUAUUUUUCAUACAAGUCCUCAAAAUUUACCAUCUGCUGAAAAAACAGUAAAACCUCCAAACAUACUUAUCAAGGACAAUGACUUCUUUAUCAGAAGAGAUAACUUGGAUAAGUUUAACUUGAAUAUUGAACCAGUUCAGAAGCAAUUGACUAAGCUAAGUUUGGACAAGGAAAACAAUCCCUUGGCAAAGAAAGCAGAGAUAAUGCAAAUGGCUGCUGUAAACUCCUUUGAACGCCUGCAAUCACACCCUGUUACUCCUGCCAUGAGUAAUAACUGUAAUUGUCAUCACUGCAUCAGAAAUAUAUACUCACCAAAUAUGUUAAUGAACAGGGACCAUGCGCCACAAAUAAAUGGUCAUAUACCUAGGUGUCUCCCUAACUUUAUACCUCCAAAAUCAUCCAUUCAGACUCAGUGUCCAUGUAGCAUACCUCAAGGGCACCAAUGUUCUUGUUGCAACACGGUACCUGCUCAACAGUUUCAGUGCAACACUUGUAAUGAGAGCAAACCUGCCAGUCCACAAUUAAAUGCAGUAGAUAAAAAGACUUGGGCCAUAGAAAAAUAUGAACAAAGCAAGAAGUCAGACUCCUUGGAGGUUGAAAAACAGUCUAAUGUUACCAAAGAGAAGCGAGAACCAACUGUGUCUGACCUGUUUAAGAUUAUUAAACUUCAAAAUGAACAGCUACAGUUGCUUCAGGAGAAAGUCGAUAAAUUCAUUUCAGCAAGCCAACAGAAUAAUGCUGCUCCUGUACAGAAUCACACCACAGAACAUGUCGCCAUAGAAACAGUUGGCAAUGAGCAGCACAAGAUAUCCAUAGGAGUCAUGACCAGCUUUGAAAUGGUCAGAACUUCAACAGUAAUUAAUAAAGAAGUUCUUAAGACAAAUGAUAAUGCUCAUAUACAAUGUAACAGGUCCCAAAUAAGUAUUAAAGAGAUUCGAUCCAAAUCACAGUCUCCUAAUCCCAACUUCUUGGAUGGAAUUACACCUAAACACACACAGCAAACAGAAUGUAAUAAUAAACCUGUAGCCAAUGUGACUCAGGGUGGUAUGAAUGAAGAGAAAACAUUAAAUGAAUUAAGUUUGUACAAUGUACAAGUAGACAACGCUACUACACCACUCAUGUCUCCUGAACAGAGUUUAUAUUUAGAUGUUAGGGAUUACAGCGACUCAGACACUGGCAGCGAUGACCAAUCUAAUGUAGGGUGGACCUAUUACAAUAAAGUUAUGACUCAUGUGAAUGGCAUGUUACAAGAUUCAGACAUGCCAUCAUCAGCCAGUGCUUUAUAUAGAAAUACUCGACACCAUAUGCAGACAUUACAAAUGCAGAUUGACAAAACUAAUGUCAGUGUUACCAAAAGGGUAAAAUUCGGUGAUGAUCCUCUCGGUCUACAACAGCCACACAUCUAUACCUCUACUGAUACCAGUUUGAAAAUGAACCAACUGGCAGCCAAAUAUUUGAAGAAUGGAGCUCCUGUAGCUGCACCUCAAAGAGUUACUAAGCCCACUACUACACCUAUUGACAUGUCUUUUGCUACCAAAAAUUAUAUGGAGAGACACAAAUUAUUGCAAGGGGUACCGCCAAAGUCUACGUCGCCGACACCAGGUGAGAUGCCAAGGUUUCUAGAUAUCACAGCAUUGAAACAACAACCCAAGUUUCUAUAACUUUAGUUAUUUAUAUUGUAAGUAUAUAUUCUUACACUACUUUAGACUUUAGACUUAAACUUGUAUUGUUAUAUUAACAUAUACUGGUAGUUUAUUAUUUCUAUUAGUUAAGAUUUCCUUUUAGGUGACUUACUUAACUUAUAUGUUAGGUGAAUUUGAACAUUUAAAUAAAACGCGUUAAGAUCUGAACAGACAUUUAUUUUAAACCUCAGAGAAAAUAACAGAGUAAAAUCCUACACUUUAUAAGUAGGUAUAUUUUUGUUACCGGAACAGUUGUUUGUUAACUAUAUUACACUUAUAUUUGUUCAGUAUUUUGGGUUUAUUAUGAAUUAUUAUAGUAAUGUACAUCAAUUUUGUCUACGUGUAUUAUAUAAACAAUAAAUUUAAUUUCAUAUAA